AUGCACCCCAUAUCUUCAUUCAAGGCCUUUCUCGAGGUAGUCAAAAGACGAAGUUUGCCAUGGGAGGUUUCAGAGAUUAAUGCUAUUCACACUUUGCCAAAGCUGGAUGAACUUAGUUAUAUGGCAGCUGAAAUUGUGCGAUUGAUAGAGACUGCUAGUGCUCCAAUAUUUUGGGUGAAUUUAUAUGACUUCAUCAAUGGAUUGAAUGCUAAAAUAAUUGAAUUAACGGGAUUACAAGCUACCGACACUAUAGGGAAAUCUUUAGUUAAUGACAACGUUUAUGAAAAUUCAUGUGGAGUUGUCAAAAGUGUUCUGCACAAAGCUAUGGAAGGUAAAUUCAUAUGA